AUGUCGUGCGUUACGACCCCGAGCGCUACAGAGACCCACCUGGUCACUUUGACCUCCCAGUCGGUAUCGAACUCACCGUCGGUAACGACGCUGCCCGACUCGACCUCGACGACUAUCUUUACAACUUGUGCGCUCACCGGCACGGCUUCUGACUCUUCUGCUCCUGGUCCGACGUGCUUGGUGACAAGAACAGUCACUUCUACCGCUGUCAUCCCCGGUGACGAGGUUACGACUCAGGUUCCGUUCACCGUCGAUGUUCCUUUUACAUCGACAUCAUUCUCUACCCUUUUCGGGACUUCGUGCACUUCGCAACCUGUUUCAGACCCUCCAACACCUCAGCCGCCGACUACAGCACCACCGACACCACCGACUUCAAUAUCCAUCUCGACGCCACCACCUGAGACAUUUACUUCCCAAUCCGAAAGUACUCUACCAAAUGGUGUGGUUACAACGACUUUGUUGACAGUGGUGUCUACUUUACCGCCUACUUCCAUUGUCGUGUCCACUACUAUGCCGGGUCAAUCCCAACAGCAAGAUAAUAACAAUGACGACAACUCGGCUAAUCUUGGACCCAUCAUUGGGGGCACAGUAGGAGGUUUCUUUGGCUUGAUUGGAAUUGUGGCCGUGGUAUGGUUUAUCAUGAAGAGAAGAAGCCGAUGGGACGAUAUCUUCGACAAGGAAGAGGAAACUAUGCAAGAGACUACUCGAGCCUCUGGUAAUCGUUUCUCCCUGGAUGUCGACAAUGAGCCAAAACCAUAUCAAUAUGGUCUUGUCGGGCAUGUUACAUCGCCGCAACUGCAUUCUCCCCCUAAUUCCCCUCCGUUUGGGCCUGUCAUUGGAGGGUCUGUGCAUAACCGUCGGCCGUCAUCCACAGGGAUCCCCGCCCCGCUGAGCCUGUCGCCGUCUUUCACGACAUCUGCUGGACACUCUGCGCAGAAUACUGCGACCAAUAUGACGGCACUGUCCUCUCGUCCAUCAAGCGCGGGCUCUAUGCAACCUCUCUUCACCGCAGGCCAGCAACAAGGCCGAAUGACAAACGAAUUUGGCACCCGUCCGCCGUCAAUCCAUUCACAUAGUCACAGCAGCAGCAUAACGUCGCCGCCCACCACCUUCGCCAAUUGGGGUAACAACGUGAAUAUCACUGGUACUGGCUCUUUCAUGGGACCUGCUGCCGCCGCUGGCGGUGUCGCGGCUGUUGCUGCUAUGGCCGCGGAUGAGCCGCGCAGAAGUGGCUCGCCUGUCAGCGUGAAUGACCCUCCACGAAGAUUGCAGCUUGUAAAUGCUACACCCGCGAGCGCAGCAUCUUCCAUCUAUUCACCGGACAAUGAACACCGUCGUGGCUUGUCGAACGACUCUUUAAUGUCUAAUAAUAGGGCCGGGCCAUCCAGUCACGCUAACGUUGCCGAAUUCGACCCGUAUGCAUCGACGUCCAUUGACACUCCCCUUGCGCAAGGUGUGACCAGAACGAAUACCAAGGGGAUGGUGAUUUUGGAUCCGCCGUCGAGGGAAGUUAGGGUUGCGACCGAUGGCGGAAGACUUGCGGUUGCUGGUGGAAGUAGCUCUGCAGCGGGUCCCAGCUCGAGCAAUCAGGCUGCGUCUUCGUCUUCGUCCUCCGCCCCGCCUCCCAAAGCCCAGCCCCAACAAGAAGCCUCGAACCCUCCACCUGCAUAUGAGGAGUAG